AUGGAGGAGGUGCGGGAAGGACCGGCGCUCGGUGGCGGGAUGGAGGAACCCGCGAGCCCCCAGGAGCCGCCGUCGCCCGCGGCUCCCGAGACUCCCGGGCUCCCCGCGCCUGAGCAGCCGACCGAGGCCUACGCACAGCAGCUGCUGCUACAGGAGUGGGCGCCGCCGGGCGGGAGCCUGGAGCUGCCCCCGCGCCUCACCUGGAAGCUGCUCUUCCUGCAGCGGCCGCUCUACCGCAACCUGCUCCGCUCUCCCAACCCCGAAGGCAUCAACAUUUAUGAGCCAGCGCCCCCUACUGGUCCCACGCAGCAACCCCUGGAGACUCUGGGCAAUUUCCGCGGCUGGGACAUUAAGACGGAGAAGCUCCAGCAGGGCCUCAGCUGGACCGUGAAGCAGCAGGGUGUGGACCUUCUGGCGGAGGGCUUGUGGGAGGAGCUGCUUGAUGUUGAGCGGCCACACAUCACGGUCAUGGACUGGUAUGAGGACAGCCGACUGGACGUGUGUGUGUAUGAGCUGCACGUCUGGCUGCUGGCAGCUGACCGCCGCACAGUCAUCGCCCAGCACCACGUGGCCCCCCGGACCUCUGGGAGAGGCCCCCCCGGCCACUGGGUCCAGGUGUCCCACGUAUUCCGCCAGUAUGGUCCUGGCGUCCGCUUUGUCCGCUUCCUGCACAAGACCAAGAACCGGAUGGAGCGCGGUGGGCUGCUGCGGACGAGGGUGACCAACUCCUCCGUGUCUGUGCAGUUCAGGGAGUGA